UCCAGCGUUGCCCCUCCGAGCGGGCUGGGGCUUUCGUCCCCGUUGGCGGCAGCGGCGGCGGCCGCGCGAGUGCGCGCGCGCGCGCCUGCGCGUGCUCAAGCUACUGCCAGCAGCCGGCGGAGGGUCGCGCCCCGACAUGCCGGUAUGUGGGACACCAGACAACUUGUACGUCGGCCGCGGGUACGAUAGGUCUUCCGAUGACUUGCGCAAGCUUCUCCAGACUGCGUCCGAGGCCAAGUUCGAUUUUGUGGUCAUCCCACUGUUCCAGGGCCCACCCUCCGGCGAGAGCUACCCCAGCGAUGGUCGGUACGAGCUGGUCCCGUCCACGUCGUCAGAUCUGGCACUAGACAGCAAGACGUGGAGUUCCGCGGUGGUCGGCACUCUCUCAGACUGGAUCAACCCAGAUUUGGCUCCGACGCCGCAGAAGCGCGACUUCUGCCGA